AUGUUUUAUUUUACAGAUGAUACCAUACUAAAUUCAAAAUUGUCAAAUACUUAUUUAUAUACUAAAUUUGAUCGUAAUAUAGACUAUUUAGAAUAUGUACCCUCGACAACAUCAACAUCAACAACCACUUCCACAGACCAUAUAAAUCAAAUAAAUUUCACUAACUUACAAAUAAAUGAAAAAAAUCAUUAUUUAAAAAACAAUCAAAAUUUAAUAAAUUUUAUAAAAUAUUUGAAUUCAAAUCCAGAUUAUAAAUUAAAUAAUUAUUUUUAUCAUAAAAGAUUACAAAAUAUAUGUUGGAGAAGAAUUUAUCAAAAUUAUAAGAAUUUAAAAGUUUUAAAUCCUUUAAUUAUAAAUUGGGAUAAAAAUUCUGAUAUUACUUGGUUAUAUGGUCCAAAAAUUGAAAAUGAAUAUUCUAAUAUAUCUAGUAUAUCAUGUAAUGAGAAAAGGAAUAAUAAAAGUUUAAGAAACGAUGUAAUAUUCGAGGACGACGAAGAAGCAUUUGAAGAUGAAGAGAACGAUAAUCAUACUAUAACAAAUGAAAAAUUAAAUCAAUUAAGUAACAAUAUCAUCAGCAAAGACGAUGAUGAAAUAUCGGUGUCUUCAUUAGAUUCAGAUUCAACAAUUACAUCAAACUAUAGUUUAAAUUCAUCAUCAAGAAAAAGUUCAACAACUUCAAAUUUAUCAAAUUCAUAUUAUGAAGAAGAAUUAAAACAAUCUUUACAACAAAUUGAUAAUGGAAUUGAAAAACCUAUUAAAUCAUGUUUAAAAAAUUCGAAUAAAUCAUCAACAUUCUCACAACAACAACAACAUCAAGAGUUUCAACAAGAAUCACGAAAAGUAUCUUUUAAUUACAUCAUUAAUAUGAGAGAAAUAAUAGAUAAUAUAUCAUUAGAUUAUAAUUUUUUAGAUAGAAACUGUGUUUGA